AUGUGCGCCGGAAGUGCCUGUGCGGGGGAGUACGGUUGGGGAGGGCUUGCAGGACCUGCCUGGACCAUCGACCCCAGGUCUGAUCUCAUCAUCCUCUCUAUGACCCAGACGGCUUUCGUCUUGGAUCACGAGGAGUAUGUCAGGUAUGCAGCUCGACGUGCUAUCCACCAGUACAUCUAUGGUUCGGUGGCUGCUCCCUCGAAAGCCACAUCCUACGCUCCAGAGAGUUUCGAUGUGGUGAGACCCAAGGCCUCCGAAAAGGAAGAGGACCAGGCCCAGCUCGACCGCGAGUUCGAGCAAGAGUUCCUGGUGAAUCGCAGGACCCGCGUGCGCGGGGCCAAGGAGCGCGCCAUCGCACCGGGGCCGCGCUUGGAUCGGCAUCCCAGCGAGGAGGAGGUUGCCGCCUACCGGAAGGAGAUGGAGAAGCGGACCGGCGACAGUCCAGGUGGAAAAGCAGACGAGGACGGCAACCGGCCGAGGAGGCGAAAGAGCGGUGGCGUGGCAACUCCAAAGGCGGCGGAGAAAGAGAAAACCCAGGUCUCCACCCCUACCGGGAAGAACAGCCCCGCGGAUCUUCUGGGAAACAGCCUUGGCUUCAGAUCCAGUCCACGUGAUCACGGGACUUCAGAUUGA